AUGACUUCAACUCUUCUCAAACAAGGCAAGAAGUUGGCGACGAAAGCGGCACAGGAAGCUCUCAAAGAAGCCCGGGGUGAGCGGGAUAAGUCCAGGAAAAACCAAAAAACUAAUCUCAUCAAAAAGAAUGACCCGGUGGAUGCCCUCAUCAGGGUAGCGGCCUCCGCCGUUGGCCUGGUGUCGGAGAUAGCCCAAUACAGACAAGAGAAGAAGGGUUCAGGGGACAUUGAAGUGGCCGAAGACACUUACUCUCCUAACCAAACAAUAACGUCUGCUCAGCUCAAUGAGGAUAUAUGGCGGCAAGAUGAAGCGGGGCGAGACACGGAAGUACGAGAAACGGAGACGAAGUCACCGAAAGAACCCAGUGACCUCGCCAAGGCCUUUCUACAAAGACACCCGCACCAUUCAAACGUCAUGGAAAACGUAAUAAUACAGCUGCCCGUGUUGAUACCACAACGGCGACCCAAAAAGCGAGCUCGUGGGUUCGUCAGAGCCUAUUCACCUGUCUUGGCCGACGCAGGCAUCGACCGGAAUACCUUCCUCGACUUCAUCGACACGUUCAAUCAAGCCUUGGAGCCAAACCCAUAUCUGUACGCUAUUAAUCUCGCAGGACUGGCGGGAAUGGCGACGCCUGAACCGUUCGUACUUCUUGUUGGCAUCGCCGUCGCCUUUGCAACAGAUGCCGUGAUGGAGACGCACAGCCGAAGCAAGUCGGCCAAAUUUCUUGACCGGAUAAAUGCUGAAUUUUUCGUACCCCGAGGUCUUGUGUGCCUUGUUGCUACAUGGAAGCCUGACGCGGGCGAAGACGAGCAGCUCCUGACUGCGGUGGACUUUGACGGCAGAGCAGUCGAGAAGCCUCCCAAAAUGGGACUUGCCCAACAAAUGAGAGACGUUGUGACACAAAAGGUCUCCAGCGAGGAGAUCAUGAAAGGGUUUCAAAAGGGGAUCUGCGGCAGAAUGAAGGCCAGCAGCGGAGCGUUUCAAUGGCCGAACCCUGCACCCCUCAUCUUCCCGUCGCCGGAGGAGACCUCAGAGGCGAUGAUCACAAAGAGGGACGGCACAAAGAAGAAUAAGAUUGAUCGUGGGGAGAUCUGGCUGGAUGACUUUAUGGACAAGCGUGCUCAGGCCAAGUGGAUUCAUGGGAACCCCGAUUCCACAAUGACCGUCUCACUCCCAAGGCCACAGUUCCGAUCUCGAUAUGCGGACCCGAGUCAUGCAGCUGCCAGUGGUGACAUUGUGGCCUUCUUCACAGGAGGUCGCUGGUCCACGAAGGGUAAAGUCACCAGCGAAGUACACAGCGGCAUGCCGGAUUUCCAGGCUCAAGGAGAGAUGCGUGUACCGGCGCCAACGGGAAACGAAUCGAAGGAUAAACCCAUUCAGAAAAAAGACAAGAGCGGCAAAAGUUGCAGCAGCGGGUUUAUGCGCGUGCUACAGAAAGAUGUGCUGUAUCUGAUCAUCGUGAAUAUUCCUUCUUCAACAGAUAAUAAUAUGGUCUCUGGCAUCAGCACAUCAUAG